GGGGGGGGGGUCCAACAACAAAUCUUUGCCCCUGAACACUUUGAUCCGGCCAUGUCACUUGGUGGAGUGUCAGAGUCUCUAAUGAACCGCCCCCCAUGUGUUCGUGCCUCCUAGGGGGGGAGGUGGUUAUGGUUUUCCUGUGAAGCGUAAACUCUGUGCGUAAAGGCGCACCUCCUGCAGCGCGCACCGGAUUCCUCCCUUUGAAUCCUCUGAGGUGCGGACAGUUUCAAACGACCUGGAGCCUGGAGGGCCGUGAAGAGGCCGCGUAAAAGAUGUCUCCUCUGCCGCCUCCACCCGCCACACCCUGCGGGACGCGCUGCCUCACACACGUGCGUCUCAUUACGCAGCGCUGACAGCGCCGAGGUUUCCGCUCCGAGGAGACGAUGGAGGAGGAAAGUCUCUGACGCCUCUCCGCUUUCGUUGGGUCAGAAGUGCAGAUCCGUCCGUCGCCUUUCGCCGUCCGCACGUCCUCAGCAUUACGAGUCAGAAAAGUCCGUGAUCUCUGCAUGGAGUUGGGAUUAAACUGGUGUCCGAAUCUGAAAUGUCUCAGGAUUGGAAAUGCUGCUCCACGCCUGUCUGUUGCUUUUUAUUGUCACAACAGAUAAAACAUUGGCCUUGUCGCCCCAGCGUUGUGGUGGAGAUGUCAACCUGGACCGAGGGCCUGUUGGCCAAGUUAGUCUCACUGUACCUGGACUUUUUGGUGGCACCCACAGGCUCAACUCCAUGAACCACCUUUCGUUUUGCAAUUGGACGAUACGCAUUCCUCCGGGUAGGACGUUACUUUUGAAGGUAGCAGGGUUGGAAGGUGAUUCGAGGGUUUCGGUUCGCUGUGUUUGGAACAAGAAAGCUCAUAAUCAGGUCCUGGAGAGCACGGGGACGGCUCUGCUCUCUGGCUGUGACGGACACAAAGCCACCCUCUCUUGGACGGGAGCAGGACACUCCUCAAAUGUAAUCCAGCUGUCCUAUUAUGUCCAGGAAGGUGAGAGGAAUUCCUCGGAGGACCACACCAACCCAGAUUCAGACGGAGACCUCCUACGCUGGUCUCGGACAGGAACCAGCUUUACAAGUCAAGUUAGUGAAAAGUCGGUAAGAGGGACAGAGGGGGUCAGAGGUCACCUCUACAAAGGUCUGGAGUGGAGUCCAGGACCUCGGUCUAUGUCUGGUCCCUCCUCCCAGGGCACAGGGCUGCUGCACCCCACCUCACCCCUGCAGGGACUCAGUGUGACUGGGAGGGGAGCUCUCCCUCUUCCUGAGGAAAGACCAAACAAUGGAGCGGAUACAUCUGGAGCCGCUCACCGCUCUGAUGGGCCCAUAUCUGCAACACACCCCUAUUUUCGCCAUACAGACUCAUCAAACACAGAAACAAACUCCAGCAACGAGCCCGAUCAAACUCCCACCAUUGCAGCAGCCAGGCGCUCCAACACCUUUCUUGGCACGGGCACGUACAAAUACACAACGAGUCUCACACCUAAACACGCAGGUAAACAUAAAACCACACAAGCUCACACCUCUCGAUCCAGCUCCAACUAUUUCCCGUCUCUCGCCUCUUCUUUCCCCGAGCUACGUUCACUGACAACCUGGGAGAGCGCCACCAUCCUGAUCCCACAUGGUGCAGCUGUUAGUGGGACACCUGGAGAGAAUCGGCCCCAUUCCUGGAGAAGCCAACGAAGCACAGACGGAGAAGCUCAGACGUCAGCCAUCACCUCUGACCCUUUUAUAUCACCCACCGACCCUCCUCAGGAUGACGCAAGCAGUGCACGUACUUAUAAUCAGUCAUUCGCCACCAACGUCACAGAGCCGGGCGCCGCUGUUAGCACUGUGGCUGCAGGGCCCUUUCAUACGAACACAAGUCGGAGCGGCUCGUUUGAAUCUGCCGCGUCAGACAUUCCCAGUCGAGCUGCUUCUCUCGAGCCCUCUGACAAAUUGGACAACGUGACGAAGCUUCCCAUUUCUUCCACACAGAGCGAAACCAAUUCUCCACGAAGCACAGAGGUUCUCACACGCUCUCCUCACGCACCCUCGGCAUUCACACAGACGCACACAGGAACAGAAAGCACGCACACAAUUGUCACGGAUGCAAACACAGUCCCCUCCUUUACCGAGGCUGCAGACGACACUGCGAGUAAAACCUCAGCUUCCACUGAAAGUACCAGUGAAACGUUUACACUGCAUCCCAGUGACACACUCCCACAAGAAAACUCCCCCACAGAUUCACCUGUUCCUCCUUUGCAGACCAGCACGUUCCCACAUCAGUCUGCACCAUCACACACACUUACCAUGAUUUCUGGAAGUUCUCUCACCACUCACACACCCACGUCUCUCACGUCUGUCACCACGCCCACCACAGACCCUGACGACGAAACAGAGUCUACAUCCUCACAAGCAACGACAAUCAAAUUUACACCCUCACACACACCUUUGCUGUCCUCCACUGGCGAGCCCGCUAUGACUAAAAAGUCCCACGGCUCCAUUACUACUGCACACUCGUCCCUCUCCUCGUCAACCGCUGCAAAUUCAGAUUAUAGAGAAGUAGAAGUACAAGCAGAGGAUGAGUCCAGGCAGCCGUUUCCCAGCAGCACAACCACACACACUCCCACAGCUGGAACACCACGGCCACCUCCACGACUGACAACCCUGUAUCCCAGUCAGGAGACCGCCACCACCACGUCUGCCCUAACCUCCGCACCCACCCGGAGCUCCACAACUAGUCCGACGCCCAAGUUCUACAUUGUUCCAGACCAGCCCGCAACUGUGAAAGUCGAGUCAAUUGAGCUGCUGCUCCAGAUGAUCGUAGAAGAGUCCAGAUCGGCUUUCACCGCUGGUUUGGAAGAAGACACCACUGCCUGGAUGGAGCCAUAUCUACAGAAAGCGCCAGGGUUCAGCAGGCUGCUGGGAGUCUGGAGCAGUGGUCACGCAGUGCAGAGCUUGGUGGAGUUUAAAACCAGCGGAGCUCUGCAGUGGCUCAGCGAGACGGGACCCACGUCGCUGCUGGAGCGGACGGGACUCGCUCAGGCUGUUCGUGAGGGGAGGGGGUUCAGAUCGUCCAAGAUCACCAACGUCACGCUGGGAGGCGUGCAGGGUGACGUGUGUGACUGGUUACUGCAGUGCCCCUCAGGCUACAGAUGUGUGGCCCAGCCUGGCAUCGCAAACUGUUCCUCUGUCUGUCGCUUUGACCACUGCCACAACCACGGCAUCUGCACACACCAUCCAGGACAACUUCCAGUUUGCCG